UCCCCUCCCAGCGCCGAGCACUUGGCCCUGGCAGACGCCCCGAGAUUGUUGUGAGGAGUCUAGCCAGUUGGUGAGCGCUGUAAUCUGAACCAGCUGUGUCCAGACCGAGGCCCCAUUUGCAUUGUUUAACAUACUUAGAAAAUGAAGUGUUCAUUUUUAACAUUCCUCCUCCAAUUGGUUUAAUGCUGAAUUACUGAAGGGGGUUAAGCGAAACCAGGUGCUGGCUGUGAGGGCUCUCCAGUGGCUCCAGCACCCCGGCGCGCUGCCCCGGCCCUCCGGAGUAAGAGCCACCCGCGAGCCCAGGGCGCCCCGGAGGCCGGCAGAGCUGCGCGUCCGCCGCCACCGUCUUUCCCCUCGCCUCGCCUCCCCGCGCAUCUCGGACAUGCCAGGAUUCAAGAGGAUACUCACUGUUAUCAUCCUGGCUCUCUGGCUUCCACGUCCUGGGAAUGCACAGCAACAGUGCACGAAUGGCUUUGACCUGGAUCGCCAGACAGGACAGUGCUUAGAUAUUGAUGAAUGCCGGACCAUCCCUGAGGCUUGCCGUGGGGACAUGAUGUGUGUCAACCAGAAUGGCGGGUAUCUGUGCAUCCCCCGAACCAACCCCGUAUAUCGUGGGCCCUACUCCAAUCCCUACUCAACUGCAUACUCAGGUCCAUACCCAGCAGCUGCCCCACCAGUACCAGCUUCAAACUACCCUACAAUUUCAAGGCCUCUGGUGUGUCGCUUUGGAUACCAGAUGGAUGAAGGCAACCAGUGUGUGGAUGUGGAUGAGUGUGCAACGGACUCCCACCAGUGCAACCCUACCCAGAUCUGCAUCAACACGGAAGGAGGGUACACCUGCUCCUGCACCGAUGGCUACUGGCUUCUGGAAGGCCAAUGCUUAGACAUUGAUGAAUGUCGCUAUGGUUACUGCCAGCAGCUCUGUGCAAACGUUCCUGGAUCCUAUUCCUGUACAUGCAACCCAGGCUUUACCCUCAAUGAGGAUGGACGAUCUUGCCAAGAUGUGAAUGAGUGUGCAACCGAGAACCCCUGUGUGCAAACCUGCGUCAACACCUACGGCUCAUUCAUCUGCCGCUGUGACCCAGGAUAUGAACUUGAGGAAGACGGCAUUCACUGCAGUGAUAUGGAUGAGUGUAGCUUCUCCGAGUUCCUCUGUCAGCACGAGUGCGUGAAUCAGCCAGGCUCCUACUACUGCUCGUGCCCUCCGGGCUACAUUCUCCUGGACGACAACCGAAGCUGCCAGGAUAUCAACGAGUGUGAACACCGAAACCACACAUGUACCCCGCUGCAGACUUGCUACAAUUUGCAAGGGGGCUUCAAAUGUAUUGACCCCAUCCGGUGCGAGGAGCCUUACCUGCUGAUUGGUGAUAAUCGCUGUAUGUGUCCCGCCGAGAACACUGGCUGCAGAGACCAGCCCUUCACCAUCUUGUUUCGGGACAUGGAUGUGGUAUCAGGACGCUCUGUUCCCGCUGACAUCUUCCAGAUGCAAGCAACAACCCGCUAUCCUGGUGCCUAUUAUAUUUUCCAGAUCAAAUCUGGGAACGAGGGUAGAGAGUUCUAUAUGCGGCAAACAGGCCCCAUUAGUGCCACCUUGGUGAUGACACGCCCUAUUAAAGGGCCCCGGGACAUCCAGCUGGACUUGGAGAUGAUCACUGUUAACACUGUCAUCAACUUCAGAGGCAGCUCUGUGAUCCGACUGAGGAUAUAUGUGUCGCAGUACCCAUUCUGAGCCUCAAACUAGGGCUUCUGACACUGCCUCUCACCAGCACCAAGGGACAGGAGGAGAGAGGAAACCAGAAAGAAUGAGAGCGAGACAGACAUUGCACCAUUCCUGCUGAGCAUCUCCCUGGGGCGUCAGCCUGUCCUGACUCCUACCUAUACUAUAGACUGUCAUUCUGAAGGACAUUCUGCCCCCAGUUCCCUUGAUGAGUUAUCCAAAAGUGUUACCCUCGGUCCCUGAUGUGAGAUUGCUGGUGACUCUUCAAGUCCUUCAGUUUAUAUCUAUCUUUUUCAAAGAAAAUUGGUUAGGUUUGCUGGGGUAUGAGUCUCUGUGCCAAGACUGAGCAGCUUGCUCUCACCUCUUCACUCCUUCCUCUGUCUCUCGCUGCAUUACUGCUUUGCAAAGUCCCCAAGAGCUCACGGGGCAUGCUGGGUAGAGCUAGUUUGCUUUUUGCGUGUGCUGAGAAGGCUAUGAAAACAAACCACAGCAGGAUCUAAGGUUUUUAAAGAGUCUUUCAAAACCAUGUCUGAUUUUCAGCUGAAAAGAAGUUUUAGUUGUCCUUAAAUUUGUAUAACUGUUUAACCUUUUCCUGUUCAUUUUGAGUUUUUAAAGUGGUAAGAUUCCUUCAAAAGGCCUCGAGACAUAUGUUCUGUUCUGUCUUCCCAGCUUCAGCCUUUCCUCCAUCCUAGCCCAAUUUUUUCAAGGACCAAGCCUUAAUCAUGCUUUCUUUAGAAUUUUUACUCAACUAGGUUGGAAGGCAGAGGUAUCCAAAGUGAUUAAAUAUUUGAAGAGA